UUCAAGGAGGCACCUUGUACAGCUUCUGGAAAGUUUGGACUAAAACUCAGAGCGGAUUCCAUUGCCCCCUGACAUAGAGCCACCGUUGCCAGGACAGUUUAUUAACCAGUGACUUGGGCCACUGUGUCUCAUCAUAACCCACCUCACAGAGGGACCAAGUGUGUCGGCGAAACGUGUCCGUGUUCCAGUUGCUUGGGAGACGAACAAAAGGUGCAUCAUGUCAAAAAUCCACAAGCAGUCUUCGGUAGCCUUUGGCCAGGCAGUGAUUGGGCCUCCCGGCUCAGGGAAAACAACUUAUUGUCUUGGCAUGCAGGAAUUCCUUUCUGCAAUUGGGCGCAAAGUUGCUGUGGUGAACCUGGACCCGGCCAAUGAAGGCAUUCCUUACCAAUGUGCUGUGGAUAUCUCAGAACUGAUCACCUUGGCUGAUGUGAUGGAGAACUUGAAACUGGGACCCAACGGUGGCUUGAUUUAUUGCAUGGAGUAUUUGGAGGCAAAUUUUGACUGGCUGCAGGAGAAACUGGCCCAAUUUAAGGGACAUUACUUCUUAUUUGACUGCCCGGGACAAGUGGAGCUCUGCACACACCAUAGUUCACUGAGAAACAUCUUUGCUCAGCUUGCUAAGUGGAACUUCAGGUUGGCUGCUGUUCAUUUGGUGGAUUCUCAUUACUGCACAGACCCUGGCAAGUUCAUCUCUGUUCUCUGCACGUCCCUCUCCACCAUGUUGCACGUAGAACUGCCCCACGUCAACGUCCUCUCCAAAAUGGACCUCAUCGAGCAGUAUGGGAAACUGGCCUUCAAUCUUGAUUAUUACACAGAAGUUCUCGAUCUGUCUUAUCUAGUGGAUCACCUGGCUACAGAUCCUUUCUUCAAGAACUACCGUCGCUUGAACAAGAAGCUUGUGGAAGUGAUUGAAGACUACAGCUUGGUUUCCUUUGUUCCUCUCAAUGUCCAGGAUAAAGAGAGCAUGCAGCGCGUCAUGCAGGCAGUGGACAAAGCCAACGGCUACUGCUUUGGAGACUUGGAGCACAGAAGCCUCGAAGCCCUGAUGUCAGUAGCAGUGGGAGCUGAUUUCCACUUCACAUCCACAUUAGCAGUCCAGGAGAAGUAUGUGCAGCCACAGGAGAAGACCGUGGAGCAGGAAGCCACGGACAUAUGAUAUGCCUGCUGCAGUUGCAAGCACGUCACUAUGGGGGAACAGCUUGCCCUGUCCAAGAUGUCUUCCCGUCAGGAGCAUGAGAGAGCCCUCUAUAUAUGAAACACUGAACCUGAAGAAGAAACCUGCCAGAUGUGGGCUUACCAUGCUGCAGCGCAUGCCUUUAGGUUCCUUCCAAACAAGAGCUAUGUUUCUGAUGUAACUGGGAGCCUCUACCAGAGAGAAAGAUGAGCCCAUGCUUUCCUCCCGGGAAGAUGGUAGACCUCCCCAUGACUUGUAGCUGACUAAAGAACAGUUGGCAGUGUGCUGUGGUUUGGGCAGCUGUUAGGCCCAGGAGUUGACCAUAGCCGAGUUCAAAUCUCCAAUGAAAUGGUGAAAGUAAUGGAUGGAUGUUGGCUGAAGAAACUUUCCAGUGUGACAUCUCUGCCAUAGUUUCAUUUGAGAAGCCGGGAAUUCUCUGUCUCGGUACAAUUGCAUGAGAGCACGACUGUUUUGUCUUCUGCAUCCACCAGUGCCCCAUCUUCCUUUUGAGCUUUAAAACGUGGAGACGAUGACAUGCAGUGAUGCCGGGCACUAUGGAGCAGAGCAGCCCUUGAAGCCUCCUGCCUACAGCUGCCGUGAGCUCUCUGGCAAUGCCCGGUCUCAGCCUUGGGCUUGCAGGGGGUUCCUUCCGGUGAAGAGGCUGAUCAAUCGCUCUCUAUUCCAAACUUGCGUCUGCAUGUGUUUGGCAUAGUGGAGGUAUGGACAGCCUUUUACAACGCACCGUUAUGGCACUGUAACGAUUAACAAAUUUAUUAUGGGAUACGCUUUCAUGGACUAGAGUCCGCUUCAUUAAGUGAAUGAAGUGUUAUCCUCUAAUUGCGGGUGGGGGUGAGCUCAGAUGGAAAUGAAAUGCAAAAAGUAAAAAUACAGUCUGUAACAAUUGUGGAAAAGCUCAAAUAAAUGUAGAAAUAAG